UUUGACACUAGCAAAAUGGGAAAAUACCACUGCAGUUUCUGGGGGGACAUCGCCAGAAUGCACGUGUUGCUUCUGAAAGAGCCCAGAGAAGAAGCUUCUGGACCUGAUCCAUAUCUUAAGGAGCUGGCAUCACAUGGACACAAAGCUACACUAAUUCCAGUGCUGUCAUUUAAAUUUGUCUCAUUAAACACAUUGGCUGAUAAGCUUUUUCAGCCAGAAAAACAUGGAGGCCUUAUAUUUACUAGCCCCAGGGCAGUGGAGGCUGUGAAAAUGUGCUUAGACGCAGAAAAAAGAAAAGAAGAGUGGAACAAGUCUCUGAGAGAUCAGUGGAACACCAAACCCAUCUAUGUGGUUGGAAAGGCCACCGCUGCAUUAGUCCAGAAUCUGGGUCUGACCCCUUUAGGAGAAGACACAGGAACAGCAGAGGUCCUAUCACGUGUCAUCAUUGAAAGAGAGGACACAAACAUUCCUCCGUUCUUGUUCCCGUGCGGCUCGAUCAAAAGAGAAGUUUUGCCCACGGCUUUGAGGGAAAAGGGAGUUCCCCUGGAGACACUGACUGUCUAUCAAACCUCCGAACAUCCCGAUCUGGAAAGAAAUCUGAACAAUUUCUUCACAGAGCAGGGGACUCCAGCAUGCGUUGCUUUUUUCAGUCCGUCAGGAGUAAAGUUUUGUCUGGAAUUAAUAUUGAGGCUAUCAGGCGAUCAGCGGACUCAAAUAAAGUUUGCAGCCAUAGGGCCUACCACGAGAGAUGCAAUGGCUGCCGAGGGUCUUUGUGUGAGCUGCACUGCAGAGAAGCCGACAGCCGAACACCUUGCAGCGGAGAUAUCCAAGGCUCUGAUGUGACCACACAUCAACCUGCAACCUUACAUCUGUCCUGUUUUCAGUGUUUUUGCAUUAUUCAUAAAUGUCAUGUUGUGUUACACAGAAAAAAAUAUUGCUGUUUGACUCCGAGAGGUCAAAAAGCCCAGAAUUUGAGUGUAUUUAUGUGAAAAACGCCUAAAGAAAGUGUAUUUUUGAAAUUAAACAUUUGUGUUCUCCAA